AUGCCAGCCCCAUCACUACUGCAGUUGGCCAUGGCCACUGCCGUCAAACACGUCAAGUCACUAAACGAUAUCGGAAACCUGCCUUAUAACCUUGUUCGUCCCAUUCUGCUGAAAGUGGAUAACCCAGAGAAGCUGCAUGCGAUGGAAGUACUAUCCCCACACCUCAUCGAAGAAGACAAAGAGCUGUGGCUCAAUUUCAUCAGACGUGACAUACCACAAUGGGAACAAUACGAACUCCCGGAAAAUACACAUCAAUGGUAUGAGAUAUACUGCGAUCUCCGCGAAGACGUUCAACGAGCCCUAGACGCCGACGCCGAAAAGAUGAAGAUGGCUCUAGACGGAAUCAAGUCAGAACGUACACGAUUGACGCCGAAAAUCAUCCGGGGGCACGAAAGUCGUAGAUCGCGAUUUCCGAGCAAAUCAUUCCGUCCGCGGACCUUCACGGGUAUCCCAGGCAUAUCCGCCGACAAGAAGAAAUCGGCUAUAUUCAGCGCACCACGGAGGAAUAAUGCUCUAGCUGUACCGACAAAGCAUCUCAGCACGCGCGCGUCGCAGGUCAAGAAGGCCCCGAUAUCACUCAUUGAAGAGCAUCGGCAGCCAACGGAGCAACCAGUCAAACAACCGGUUCCUACUGUCAGACGCGACCAAGGCGCCCGGGUACCGGUUGCACCGGCGAUGCCGAGACGACAGAGCUCAUAUACCCCGCCACGUCCUGUGCACGAAACAAGGAGACCUGCUCUAGCAGAGAGAGAGGCCCGGCUUCGUGCAAUCGCUUCUGGCAACCCACUGCCUGCUAGCUCGGAGGGGACGAGGAAGGUUCCAACUCAUACUCGGGAUGCGGCGUCGACGCGGCCGACUAGCCUUAAACGAGAGGCCGUUUCUCCGCCGCCGGGUGCUCGCCUUUCUUCCCAUUCUUCACUCCAACGACCGGGUCAGACCGAUGGACCGGCAAGCCCUCCGGCUUCCGCACGCCCGGUCAUGCCCGUUCGCAAGCGACCGGACAGUGUCUUCAUACAACCAAAACGUCGACGAAUUAUAUGA